AAGCUCGCCUCCAUGGGCGGCUUCAGCCAAGCCCCUCUAAGUGCUUAGAGAAGUGCACCUAACCAUCUAUGUCUCGCACGCGAAGAAGCAGACAAUGCUGUGCCCCCUCUUCCGCUGCCACCACGCAGAUAUACCCGCUGUUCGCUCGGCCGUAGAUUUGCGCUGAAGUCCAGCGCUCGCUCAUCGCGCCCCGCACUGGAAUCGACCGAUGAAGGCACCGUUGCAAGCCCGCUUGUCUGCGCGCGCCCUGGAUACUCGCUGCAGCUGAGUACCUCCCCACCUAGCCUGGACAUGCCCUGCGACAGGGCCCGCUUCGCCGAAUGAUCUGGUACCUUCUCUAUCCACUGCGUGGGACCUCGGAACCAGCCGAACUGUCUCCCACCCACCCAAUCCGCCGCGCGUUCAAGGCCUACGGCACCGCAACGGCGCGACACUGGCUUUUGUCGAUCAUCCUUACUGUAAUCGUCUCCGUUCUGCUCUGCUAUCCCGCCGUCUUCCAGACCGACAGCCCCGCCGCGGCCGGCCUGCGCAACCUUCCGAAGCAUGUGUGGACAUCCACCACCGAGGUGGGCAGUGACCGAGCCGCUGAUGUCGAAGCGCGCCAGGUCUGGGUACAUGGCGAUUAUAUGAAAGCAAUUGACCGGCGCGUGUUAAAAGUAGCAUUGGACGUGCAAGAUGCCCUCAUUGGCGACGGCUUCGACGAGGUGCUCGGCACACCGCCAGAGAGUAAAUCGGCGCGCGCGCACAGCGAAGAACAUUGCGCCGCAACCAAACCUGGCCAGCGAUGGGGAUUCCAUUCACCUUUGAUGUACUGGAACUGCUCGCAUAAACUCCUGGACGAGGACUCUGACUUACUUGCAACUAUCAAUUCCCAUGCGCAAUUGCAAUCAGCAUUGAAUAUCACAUUGCGCCCGAGCACCGUCUUCGCAGGCAAGUCCUUUGCCAAAACAAAGCUGCGUUCAGCCGAUGCCAUAGUGAUAACGUUGUUUGACCAGACGGCCGCCGGUCUUGGAGAUAGCUGGGACAAAAGGUCGGGCUUGCUGGUGCAGAACCUCGCACCGGAAUGGUGCAUGAUUCCGCACGAUGGCCAAGUUGCGACAAGCCGCCUAUACGAGUUCCGCUUCAAACCAAUGACAUUGAAUGACGAUCUGUUUUUGGCAGCAUCAUACAUGGUAACGGCUGCUUAUGUGGUCAUGAGGAUGAUGCAGCUUCGGGCUGUGAAGAGCUGGUUUGGUCUGCUCAUCACCAUAGGCGCCAAAAUGACGGUCUGUGUUAUUGGCAGCUUCACCAUCUGCUCUUUCCUAGGCAUCAAUCUUGCCCGCAUCCCUAGGCCAUGGUUUCCAGGGGUGGUAUUCUGUUUCGGUCUGGGAAACAUCUUCCGCUUAAUCAACGUUGUGCUUGAGACUCCUGCUGAAAUGCCUUCCCCUCAACGCAUCGGCCACGCUCUUGGACAGGUCGGCCAUCUCUCUCUUGCUGUAGCCGGACAGAACCUUAUUCUCAUAUAUCUUUGUUCUCGAAUUGUCACCCCUUGGGUCGCAGACUUCUGCAUCUUCGCUGCCGUUACCCUUAUUCUCGACCUGGCUUUUCAUUUGACCUUCUUCCUUGCCGUCCUGAGCGUCGACGUCCAGCGGAUGGAGCUUUCCGACUCGCUCGAACGAAUUGACCUGAACCACCGAGCAGCGAAGAGCCGUCGGGCAGAACGUCAAACCUGGCUCUCGGCGCUACGUGAAGGCACACUACCUGUCAGCACACGAUUCGCAGGCUCUGUCGCGAUGCUAUCCUUCUUGUUGGCCAUCAAUUGGCAUUUCUUCGACAGCAACGGGCGAAAGCUCACUGUGCAUACUCUUAAGGAGAGAAUGUUCCGAAGACAGGAAAAGUUAGACGUCGUUUCUACUUGGACCCUACCGUCUAUCAAUCAGGCCCGCACCCCUGCUGACUGGUUACGGAUACAAGACCAUAAUACAGCGAAGGAACUUUUUGGGUUCAUUAAACCUGGCGCACACAGUUUUGUCGCCAGGAUAUAUGACCCGAUUUUAAUCGUCUCCAAGAACGCAACGGGCAGAGAUGUGGGACAAAAAGCAUCAUCUUUGACAGAAAGCUUCCGUCACUUCGCUCGCGGGCAUGCAUACUCUGCUGCGCUGAUGGUCGCGUUUUUGAUCGCCGGGGUCACGCUGCUCAUGAAUUACCUGCUCUGGACCGGUCUUCCUGAAGGCUUCGGGGAAGAGGAAGAAGACGAGGACGCUUUUUUCAACGUCGAAACGCUGUCAGCCGUUCAAGCCCUAGAUAUUGUGCAGCUAACCUCUUCGCCAAAGGGUCAUAUUGCCAGUGUAUCGCUGGAUCGAACGACAUCAAUCUGGUUUCACGAUCAGAAUACCUUCCGACAGACAACUCUACAGACAAGUGCCAUGAAACCAAAGUUAUGGCCCAUCAUAGCAAGCACCAUGGACGAUGCGGGUGACUUACUUGCGUUGUGCAGCACCGAUGGCGUGAUAGGUCUUUGGAGCCUCACCGCUGCACGAUUCUCGACUGUGCAAACCAUAGAUCUUCGUGGCCAAGCGCCCAUACUGCUCACGUUUGCCAACGUCCCUCGCUCUGGUCAAGACCUUUUUACUCUGCUUCUUGUAACACCGGACGGUCACUUGACCGAGUUUGAGACACGCGGCGGAUUUCACCAUACAAGAAGAAUAUGCAAACGCACUAUUCUCUGCGCUACGAUCUAUACUUCCCGCAAAGGCGAGGUUGGUCUCGUUUUCGUCACCAUAACUGGGGAGGUACAUAUCCUAGCUCUCGACGGUAGCCAAGAUAAGACAUCGGAAGUGGUCGCCGGUCUCGACCCAGGCCCACCGCCUGGAAGCAAUCCAUUGAAGAUACGUUGCAUCGAGGCGGUACCUUCACUAGGGAUGAUCUUUGCGCUGCGGGAUGAAGAGGCGGAAAUAUUCGACUUCAAUAGCCGCGGGCUCGUCCAUGCUCUUCGAAUUGGCCACGCCAAGCCACAUUCUUUCCGUGUCAUGCAUUCAGCGCUGCGGCAGUGCGCAUGCGGCGCUCCAGCUGUUCAUUCUCUUUCUGUUGCUUACACGGAGGAGGAAUCUGAUCACUUGAUCAUGCAGACAUUUACUCUUGACGACUGUCCGACUUCUUUAAUUUGUCUAGGCAAACCCUCCGACAACGAUUCCCAUAAUUGCCAAAGUCUUGCUUCUGCCAACGACAGUGUACACAUUGUCGAACCCGCUGGAGCUUGGGAAGCCAUAUCAUCUCUCGGUUUAGUAGGCAUCCGGAGGUGCGACUCCGCGCCAACCCCGUCAUUGGUUGCUUCCAAUACGGAUUACGGGUUUCCGGCGCCUUCGGCGUUAGCAUCUGCACUACAUGAACGUGCUGUGCGGCAUAGCGAACUAUUCCAGAGUGCGAUUACAGCCACAUCGACCUCACCACCGACGCAUAAUACUGAUAUCGACGGCUGGCAGGCAUGGGCGCUUUCAACGAGUGGCGAGUUCCGCUCGCGCCCACUUGGUUCUGGCUCAGUCAACGAUGCUGAUGAGCUACUGGGCGACAACCAACUCUUUGUCGCCGCUGCCGGGCCGAUUAUAAAACUGGGAAAGAGAAGUGUCGCGGUCGGCUUUGGCAACACGAUCAAGAUUAUCACACUGGGGAAGGAGACGUUUGACGGGUCAAGCACUGGUGUGGACCUGGGCGCGGCGUUCCACAAAUCGAAGACGAGACGAGGCCCUGGCAGAAAGCUGCGAUGACUAGAUGGCCGGCAGUGGAGAAAUGAACCUGCGGCGUGGGAACGGAAAGGAAAUCGGUCUUCCGUUGGCGCAUCAAAGGACUGGACUUGGGAAUAGGACGCACAUACCCCUGGAUGAACGGCGUCCUGGUGCAUACACGGCGCGUGAUGGAGAUCACGACGUCGACUUAUACCUUGUGGGAGUACUGUGGAAUUUUAGAGCGCGGCGUCGCGGCAACAUGUUUCGACUUUGGCGCAAUAACCCUGUGAUUUGAAUAGCUUGGCUCUUUCUUGCUGUUACAUACUUGUAGAGAGUAUUAGUUGUGGUCGCAUUCACGACCAAAGUCUAAGCUUGUAGC